AUGAUGGGUUUCCCGCUAGCACAGCGAUGCUUGAACUUGCGGGCGGCACAGCAGCGCUGGAACCAAAAGGUUCCACCGUUGCACGUCGCCCAGGCCCUCAAGCCAGUGGCCCCCCGCCAGAGGAGCCCGCCCGCUAUUUACGCACACCAGCUAAUCAACCGCCUGGAGGUGGCCUGUGGACGCGAAUGCCGGAAAGGGCCGUGGAUCGUGGCCAUGCUGGCGUGUGUAUGCGCUUGCGUGUGGGAUGUCAUCCCGGUUAAGUAG